CACAGUCAGCGGAUGUGCAGGCACACACACACACACACACACGCACAUGCUCUCACUUACACACACACACACACACAUAGUCAUAGGAUGAAGGUCUGAUCUCAGUGUGAGAAUCAGUCGAUCAAUAAUGAGUGAACAGAGCAUCUGUCAGGCGCGAGCCACCGUAAUGAUGUAUGAUGAUGCCAGUAAACGCUGGAUACCCGCUGGUUCUGGUGCUCAGGCCGUCAGUCGGGUCCACAUCUUCCAGAACACCAGUAACAACACAUUCAGAGUGGUGGGACGCAAACAACAAGCCGACCAGCAGGUUGUGAUUAACUGUGCUCUCGUGAGAGGGAUCAAAUAUAACCAAGCGACGGCCACGUUCCACCAGUGGCGUGAUGCGAGACAGGUGUGGGGGUUGAACUUUGGCAGUAAAGAGGAGGCAGCUCAGUUUGCGUCCAGUAUGAUGCAUGCGCUCGGCGUGCUGAGCGGUCAAGACGCAGGGGUGUGUCCUCCUCCACAGCCGCCACAGAAUGGGCCGAGCGCUGAAGAGUUAGAACAGAAGAGGAGACAGGAGCAGCAGGAGAGAGAGCGACAGGAGCGUGAGCGGAUGGAGAGAGAGAGACAGGAGCGUGAGCGGAUGGAGAGAGAGAGACAGGCUGCUGCUCCUCCAGCUCCUCCUCCUGUUCCUCCUCCCGCUCCGGCCAGUGCAGCUCCUCCACCUCCUCCUGGACCCCCUCCACCUCCUGCGCCUCCUCCUCCUCCACCACCUCCAUCAGGAGGCCCACCGGCCCCACCACCGCCACCACCACCACCUGCUGCAGGAGGAGGAGGAGGAAGAGGAGGAGGAGAUGGAGGUCUGGCCGCAUCGCUCGCUGGAGCUAAACUACGCAAAGUGGCCAAGCAGGAUGAUAGUGGAGCGGCGCCACCUGCGGCGAGUGCCAGCAGUGGAGGAGGAGGAGGAGGAGGUGCGUCCAGCGGAGGUGGAGGUGGAGGAGGAGGACUGAUGGGAGAAAUGAGCUCUAUUCUCGCUCGACGAAGGAAAGUUGCAGACAGUCCAGCAGUGAGAAAAGAAGAAUGCAGUAAUGGUGAUUCAGUGAACACAGACUCCAGACCGGCAGAGAAAGCAGAAGCCAUGAAGAAACCCUGGGAGAAGUCUUCAUCUGUGUCGAGGGUGAACUCGGGGUCAAAGGGUCAAGACAAGAGACCUGCAUCUCCUGCAUCUCCUGCAUCUGCUGCUCCGUUGAGCAGGUUGAGGCCUGGCAGCGGAACAGGUGACGCAGGAGUCGGAGACGGAUCAGAUAUGGAGCAGUUUAAACAGGAAAUCCUGGAGGAGUUUGUAAUAGAGUUGCAGAAAGUGAAAGAUGAAAUUAUUGGAGCUCUGAUGGAGGAACUACAGAAGAGGAGUUUGGUGUAGCUGCGGCGUCUCUAACUCUACAGAAACAUGGAGAGAACACAUCUCAUUCUCAUGUCACGUGUUUGUAAUCUCAUAUAUAUUCUGUGUUUCACUCAUCUUUCAUUUUUAUUGUUUGCAUCAGUUCUAUAGAUUUAUUUGAGCUUUUGUUGACGUGUCAAGGCAAAUAUAUGUUUACAAUCUCAUAGUUACUCGUUUUCUAAUUUCCCUAAAGCUGCUGUUGAUUUAACCAGUUAUUUUGAAUAAAUAUGAUCUUUGUUUACACGUAACUAGUUGUUUGUGUACACGUGUGAGAUUCAUUGAUAUGUAUUGAUCAUGCACUGUUAUGGCAUUACACGUGUGAGAGCAGAUGUCCUCUUUGAGGAUGCUGAACUGGAUGUGAGUUACUGAUCUCAGAGAUUGUUACAUGUGCUGAAGAAUAAAGUCUGUAAUAUGUGUGAAC